CUUCGAAGUUCGAGGGGUAUCAAUGUGCGCGCGCUCCUCCAGGUGUCACCAGCCGCAGGAAGAUAUGGUGGCGGCGGCUGUGGCUGGCAGGCGGCUCCGAGUCCAAGUUCCUCAACUCUGGCGCCAUUAUGCAGGGGGUUGGUGCUCCUUGAGCGCAGAUUGGUGGGACAUUUGAAUCCUUGGUGGGGCAGGUCGGACGGAAGCAGGGGAUGCAGGAUUGUAGGAACAGGGAACUGCAUCUGGUUCCUGAAUGCAUGGAUUUGAAAGGCAUUGGCGGCAUCAGAUGCUCUCACAUGAAGCAUUGAAGGUUCUCACAAUUCUGAAACUUUGGGGCCGAGUCUCCUUCCUUUUUGUCUUUGGUCGAGUAGACUCGAGCAGCAGUCUCCUUCUUGUUGUCUGAAGACUGCCUUCCUCUGUCAGGGAAGUGCAGAGUCCUGUCCUGCGCGAAUGUUUGUGGAGAGGCGCCACAGUAGGAUUAGUGUAAAGGACUCGUUAAGAAGGUCAAGUCCUGUCAUAGGCCGCCUUUGCAACAUCUACACUAGGGUUGUAAUCCAAGAUACAUCGAGACCGUGUAAUCUUGAACAAAGCGUUGCGAUACCAGGCUCUUGGCGCUUUUAGGGUUUGAGCGACCUCGCGGAAUGUAGAGUACCACGGGGCUUGCCGCUUCGAGAUCGUCGAUCCGCCAGCAGGCCUGGGCUUCCAAAGUUAACGGCAGUCCGCUUCGCAACUGAAGAUCUCGCAUUUCGUCAUUAGAGAAGCUGCGAGCACUUCUUUAGGGAAAGCAGCUCAAUGGGGUGCGUCACCAGCAAGGCAGUGGACGCCAGCGGCCACCCGGAGCCGCCCCCCACCACGCAGGGCCAUAGCAACCCCCCUUCCGCAGUGACGAGCCUCCCAACCCUAAAAGGCGCCUCGAAAGUCGCGAAAUCCUCUAGCUCGCUGGUUGAUGCGCUGGACCUAAGUGGUGCUUCUGGCCUCUCCGGGCCCCCAAAACGGCCGCUGCUGCUGGAGGGGGGGGUGGCAAAACCGGCCAUGCCGGUCUCGGGGCCCACAGUCGUAAAAGUGCCCGGCGCUAGUUAUGCCCUCCGUUAUGCCGCCCUCUCGCAGCGGGGUUACUACCCGGACUCUCCGGAUAAAGCCAACCAGGACGCGUAUACUAUCCGAGCGCCGUACGGCGGGAGUGCGGAUGACCAUUUCUUUGGGGUCUUUGACGGUCACGGUGAGAACGGCACUGCGUGUGCCGUGUUUGCCAAAGACCGCAUCCCUGACAACCUGGCCAAAAGCAAAAUGUUCCGAGGGGACGUAGUGCAAGCAUUCCACUCCAGUUUUGUGCAAACCAACGCUCAGAUGCACCGGUCCGCACUGGACGACUCCAUGAGCGGAACCACAGGUAUCACGGUGCUCGUGCGCGGGCGCACCCUCUACUGCGGCAACGUGGGCGACUCCCGCGCCGUCCUUGCGGAGCGGAAGGGCAAGAAGCUCGUUGCCGUCGACCUCUCCAGCGACCAGACCCCCUUCCGGGCCGAUGAGUGCGAGCGUGUUCGACUAUGCGGCGCUCGUGUCUUGACACUCGAUCAGCUUGAGGGGUUGAAAGAUCCCAAUGUGCAGACGUGGGGCGGAGAGGAGGACGAUGAUGGGGAUCCCCCUCGGCUGUGGGUUCCGAAUGGGAUGUAUCCUGGAACAGCGUUCACGAGAAGCAUAGGGGAUAGUGUUGCGGAGCGGAUUGGGGUGAAUGCGGUCCCGGAGGUGCGGACGUUGGAUCUGACGCCAGCGCACGCGUUCUUCGUGGUGGCGAGCGACGGCGUCUUUGAGUUCCUAUCCAGCCAGACGGUGGUCGACAUGGUGAGCAAGUUCGAGAACCCGCAAGACGCGUGCGCGGCGAUCGUGGCGGAGUCGUACCGGCUGUGGCUGCAGUAUGAGACGCGCACGGAUGACAUCACGGUCAUCAUUGUGCACAUCGAUGGGUUGGAGGAGGUCGUACCUCCCUCGUCUCAGCUUCCGGGCCAAGUGUUGGCCCCUCCUUCCGCCGCCCCCACCGUCAAAGCUGCCCGCUCCUCAGUGGUCCGGCCCCUGUCCCCAGCGCGACCCGUGCGGCGAGGCCCCUCGAAGGCGCGGCGAGCGUCGAUCGAGCGGGAGGGAGGGGUGGAGCGAGAAGUGCCCACUGGGGCGGAGGAGGUUGCAUGGGUGCCCCAUCCGCAGGCAGAGAAACCUUCGGCGCGCAUCAUGUCGGCUGUGAGGGCCAACUUCUUGUUUGCCAGCCUGAACGAGCGUCAGAUGCGCAUGGUGCUGGACUCGCUGGCAAAGGUCCCCGUGGCAGCGGGAGAGUUCGUCAUUCGGAGAGGGGACAUGGGAGACCGUAUGUACUUUGUCGAGGAGGGACAGUUCGAGGUCUUGAAACCGGAGCCCUCUGCCCCUGCUAGCGAGCUGGGACCAGUGGUGCACACAUAUACCUCCCAAGGCAACCCCUCCUUCGGUGAUCUUGCGCUGAUUUACAACAAGCCCCGCGAGGCGUCGAUUCGCGCCAUCACCGCGGGCGUGCUGUGGGCGCUCGACCGUGCGGCCUUCCGGGGAUCCCUCCACAAGAGCACCAACCGCAAGCUGCUCAAAACGCUGCGCAGCGCCGAUCUUCUGCGCUCGCUGCACCACUCGCAGCUGCAGCGCCUCGCCGACGCGGCCACCGAGGUGUGCUACGCGGCGGGACACGUCAUCUUGAAAGAGGGGGAGGAGAGUGAGGCGAUGUUCAUAAUAGAACAAGGGGAGGUUGAAAUUUCACCGUUGACUGCCAACGGCGCCUUGCACGCAAACGCGGACGUGGGAAAGGAGGAGGGCACGUCAGGCUCUGUAGCCAGAAUGUCAGGUUACAAGCGUUCCUUACCUCAAGACGUCGCAUCCAAGCAACGACUCCGAAUCUUACGAACACCCACCCCCUUGCAGUGCGCAUGUUGGGCCCCGGGGGCUGUUUCGGUGAUGGGGUCCGACAUGGGGGGGUCCGCCGGGCGGGGCGGCGCGGUGGUUGCCCGGGGGGUGGUCACCUGCCUGCUAGUGAACAAGGAGCUGCUACAGGAUGUCCACGGGGGACCGCUCGCCACAUUGCAAGACCACUUGCACAGGUUGAGUGAGGGGCCCGACGAGGGAGGGAGCACCAGCAGUCGGGGGCUGCAGGUGGUGAAUCCGUUUGCGGGGACGAGAAUGGAAGACUUGGAGUGGCAGGAGACGGUGUACAGUACUGACGUUUCGGACAUCGGGUUGGUGACACACCAGAAAGCAGGCAACGUCUUUUCGCUGAAGCGCUUCUCCAAGCCCCGCGUCGCCGCCCACCAGCGCCAGGCGCAGGUCCUUCGCGAGCGCUCGCUCGUGCUCUCCCUUGCGCCGUCCGUCUUCAUCCCGGGCCUCCUCUGCCGGACGUCCGACGCCCUGUCCGUCGGAAUGGUCCUCCAGGCGCGCCUCGCGGGGCCGCUCGUCGCGCUCCUCCCGGAUGACGUCAGCGAGGCGACCGCGCAGUUUUAUGCUGCGGGGGUGGUCCUCGCGCUCGAGCAGCUGCACCGCGACGGCGUGCUGUACCGCGGGGUGUGCCUGGACACACUGCUGCUGGACUGCCAGGGACACCUGCAGCUGGCUGACUUCCGCUUCGGGAAGCGGUUAUUGGACGGCCGCACGUUUACUCUAUGCGGGCAGCCGGACUACCUAGCGCCGGAGAUGAUCAAGGGGGUGGGCCACGACACAGCAGCAGACUGGUGGGCAUUGGGCGUGCUCAUCUUCUGCCUGCUAGCUGGCGAGGCCCCCUUCGGCAACGUCCGGGACAGCGAGUUGGCCAUCUUUGAGCGGAUCACCAAACGGGAGCUUCAUUUCCCGGACCACUUCUCGAGCGAGGCCAAAGAUCUGAUUGACAAGUUGCUGGUGGUCAACCCGGCGCAGCGUCUAGGCUGCACAGGCGUCGACGUUUUGAAAGCGCACCCCUGGUUCCGGGAAGUCGAUUGGGAGGCAAUCGCGACCGCCUCGGCGGAAGCGCCCCCGGAGGUGCAGGAACGGCUGACGGGGCUGGCCAAGACGGGGCACAAGGAGGGCGGCACCCCUUUUGCCGACGAAGAGUUGACGACGUUUGAUACGACCCUUUUUGCGGAUUGGUAAUCGUGGCGACGCAGCUUAUUUUGUAGGUGGAGUUGCAGGUAUCCAGGUUGAAGGGUCGCAAGACCCUUGGUAUGCAGGCCACGCGACCCACGUUACGCUUGUGACCGGGUCCGCUUUUUGCUGUGGUCUGUUAUUGGGCAGGAGCUCUUGGCCGCCUGAUCGUUGGGUCGGGGGUUUAGGGAAGCUUCCGCUAGCUUUAUAUAUACUAGACGCGUUAAGCUCGAUUGAUUGUUUUUAAGUACAGGUAUAUGUACAGUCAUUGAUGGUAUGCCGAACUGCA